UUCAACGCAAACAGUUGUGUGGUAAAACAAUCACGUCCAAUACAUUCAUCACAAAACGGCAGUACUGUCUACCAAAUACAAACAAGUAAAGACUAAAAGGAUUUAUAAAGUUCUCUGUGUGUUUUUCUGUAAACGGAAUAUUGACUACGUUUCUACCAGUUUUAUUACCUGAGUGCGCGUGUUUAAGUGAAAAUAAUUUCAAACUUUUAUAUAAAAAAGAAAAGUGUUGAUAACCGAAGAAGUUUUUAAAAAGUUUAUUAAACUCAUUUACAAAUUAACAAGUUACACUAAGAAUAUGAAGUGGUUUAUUGCCUGUUUGUGUUUGACAGUGCUGGCUGGCAACAUAGUAAGAGCUUCAUAUCCAGCUCUACAUGCAUUGCAUUUUGCCCAACAGAAAGCAGCCUUGGGUCAACAAGACCAGCAGCAUUCCUCUUCGUUGGAACAACAAGCCUCGGAUUCAUCGGAAUUGGGAAAUGAUUUGGCAUCCACAGUUACCUCAUCGGAAGAUUAUGAUGCUCAUCCUCAGUAUAGUUUUGCUUAUGAUGUCAGAGAUUCGUUGACCGGGGAUGACAAGCAACAAGAAGAAAAACGUGAUGGCGAUGUAGUACAAGGACAGUAUUCACUUAUUGAACCCGAUGGCACCCGCAGAGUUGUGGAAUAUACAGCCGAUGAUAUCAAUGGCUUUAAUGCUGUUGUUUCCAAACAAAUGUUAGAUGAACAACAACGUCUACGUGCAUCCGCAGCUGCUGGUACAUCAUCUUCAUCACGUUACAAUAGUAUUGAAGUUUUGCAAUCUCAACUGCAAGCUCAUGCUAUUGCUGAAGCUCAAGCUCAAAGUGCUGCUUAUGCUGAAGCUCAGGCCUUAGCCGAGGCACAGGUAAGAGCUGAGGCUAUGGCCCAAUCACAACAAAACUCUCAGGCAGAACAACAGGCUAGAGCUCAAGCAGAAACUCAAGCACGUUCUCAAGCUCAGCAUUUGAUGGAACAAUUCGAACAGCAAUAUAAGCAACAACAGCAGCAACAGUUGCAGCAACAGCAAUUGCAACAGCAACAAUUGCAAUUGCAAGCUCAACAACAACUACAACGUGCCCAACAGCAACAACAACAGCAAUUAUUGCGAACCCAGUUGCAACAAUCCCAAGAACGUUUAACCAAUGAACAAGCUUUACUACUCUCCCAAACUCUACCCAACCAGGCUUUAGGCCACAGUGUACACGCCACUGUCGUAUCACAUCCUCCCACUCUUUUGUCACGCACUCCCAGUGGCUCUGUAUUUGCACAAGCCCGCGAUAUUUCAGCUCUUAAAGACAUACGUGACAAUACAGCUCGUCUUACAAUUGAACGUACAUCACAGCCUCAGAUAGUUAUUACACAACCUGCCAGUGCCACCGUUCAAGCUUCAGUCAUACAUUCUCCCUUGUCGUUGUUAGACACAACAAGCGCUUUGAAUGGAAAUAGUUUAAGAGGCGGUUCUUUGAUCUCAACCAGAAUUACCAGCAAUGGACGCACAACUGGCAAUGGCAAUUUGCUAUUAAACGGCAGACGGACCAGUGAACAAUUGUUGGAAGAAUUGGACAGCAACGAAUUGCAAAAUUCUUUAGGUCGUCAUUCAGCUGCCACUAGUUCGGCCAGUAUUAGAAUCUUAAAUGGAAGUGGCAAUGGAGAGGAAAGCGGUCUUCGCAAUGGCAACGAAAAUGGCAAUAGUAAUGGCAAUGGUAACGGCAAUGGAAGCGGCAGUGGCAACGGUCUCAGUCAUGCAAGCAAUGGUAAUGGCAAUGGUCGCUAUACUUUAGAUGAUAGUUUGGAAUUGCGUUUAAAUGGCCAUAGCAGCAAUGGUUUAAGAAAUGCGCUUCGUCAGCAACAAACCAGACGUUUACAAACCAUUUACACCAACGGAAAUAGUAAUGGCAAUGGCAACGGUAAUGGUAACGGCAAUGGCAACGGUAAUGGUAAAGCUAUAUGGUAAAUCAAACCAUUCAUUAUAUUGAAAGUUUUAAACAAGAAAACUAUUUAGGACGAAAACAGCAACAACGAUCACAAUUAGUUUAUAGAAAAUAACUAAAAAAGAAAACACUCAAGGCAUUAAUGACUUCAUCCAUAUCCGGCUAACUCUAACAGGACCACGCGAUUAUUGAUAUUUUUCUUAAUAUUAAUUUUAAGCUUUAGCUUUAACUUUAAAACUUUUUUUGUUUCUUUUAUUCUUCUUACUUUUUUAUUAAUAUUUUACUAAUAAUUUAAGUUAUUUGUUACUAACAAGGGAUUUAGGGUUUUUAUAUUUUUCAUACUUCAUUCAUGUCAUUACGCAGAUAAUAACAACAAACAGUUUUACUAAAAAACUUUCAUAUUUCUAAAACUUCACUCCAAAAUAAUUACGCUUUUUAAUUACAUUACUAAUACGAUUUCCAUUACCUUUCUAUUUUUCUCUUUUCUUUUCCCAACAACUCUUUAUUUUUUAUUUCUUAAUAACUCUAUGUCUGUACCUUUAUCUAUAUUUUUUUUAUUUACUAUCUUUAUUUACUAUCUAUACCUCAAAUGUUUAUAAACAAAUCAGGAAGAAACGAACGAAAUAAUAAAUUUCCGGCUACUGCCACAGUUUGUAUACAAACACACGUUUAUAAAUUUAACAUUAAAUACAUAUCUCAUGUUAAAUAGUUAAUACAUAUUUAUGUUUGCAUCCACUAACUACUACUAACUAUUUUUUUCUAUUUACUUAUCUUUACAUUCAUUUCAUUCAUACAUACAUACAAGAAAGUAUUUCUUAUUUUUCCUACAUGUUUAAUUGUGUAUUUACUAUGUAUUUCUCUGUUAUGUUCUUGUGUAGUUUAUAUUCAUAAGCUAAGUUUAAAAAAUGGCAUCCUAAAAACAUUUAAAAAAAUAAAUAAAAUUUGCAACACAA